GUACUACUGUCAGUGCUCCUGAUGAACCAUGCCGAUGGCUUUAUUUUCAAAAAGUUGGCGAAGAAGAUCAACGAUGUUGUCAAUAAAGUGGUAGACAAAGUCAAAGAGGUUCCGAAAAAUAUAGUGAAGGAAGUAAAGAAAAUGCCAUGUAAGGUGAGUCACGAUUUAUCCUCAGUAUCGAAUCAUCAUCAUCAGCAGCAGCAGCAGCAGCAGCAGCAACAGCAACAACAUCAUUAUCAGCAUCAGAAUCAUUAUCAUCAUCAAUUGUCGUAGAACUAGUAAAAGUAUUCUUAUGAUUUUAUAAUUACUGCCUUUUCCAUGCGUUGUUCGGCAUAGCGUGUCCGGUAGUAGUUCAUGCGGUUGGCACGUUGGUAGAAGUCAAGACAGGUGGGGCGGCCGUCCCUGUAGUGGAACCCUUGAAGAAGGUCGGCACAGGGGCCUGCUUACUCCGUGCUAGAAAGUGCAAACGCAGCGUUAACCCACUGGAGAUCAUGGUACCGUUCUCCGACGAGUUCUCUGACUACGACACCAACGGUGACAAGCUGAUCGCCUACGAGGAGUUUGUGUUUGUUGUUAUCAAGACGGUCACAUUAGCGGAUCCCAGCCAGCUGAGAGAACCAUUUACCAUGGCCGAUGCUAAUGGGGACGGUGUGUUGGACAUGGACGAGUUCCAGGCGGCUCCAUUCCUUUUUGCUCAUUUAAUCCACCAUCAACAUAAGAAAGAACACAUUAUUACCCGGGAAACGGUCAUUGGUGGAGACGAAACGGUCAUCGGUGAAGAAGAAACGACCGCGGCUGAAACAUAUGAAACUACCAUCGUCCCAAAGGAAGACACAACGACUAUCAUUGCACUAAACAAUACUGAGAAUGUCAGUGUCAAUGGUGACAUGUCAGCAAAUCAAACUGACUAUGCAUUGAAUUAUUAUUAAUGCAAACUGAUGAAUAACUUUCAUUAACCAAGUUUUGCAUUUGUGUAUUAGGGUAUUUGCAAAUUAAUUUAUUUUUUAGUAUAUUUGUAUAUAAGUAUAUAGUCUCCACACUGUCAUUGUAAUGUCUGCAUGUGAAAAAGUUAUUAGUAUUAUAGUUUUGUCAUGUUCGUGUUUUUGCAUUAUUUUUCUUAAAAUAAAUCAUUUUUUUUUA